GUGGAUGAAGCCCAGCAAUAACUGCGUCUCAAUACUCGCGCCCAAGCAGAGAAGACCGCUGCAAAGCUUCGCAGAAAGACUGAGCAAGCUGAGAAGAAGGUUUAAGAUAAGCAUGAGAAGGAGCAGAAGCGUAAGCGUCAAGCAAAGGAGAAGGAAGAGAGAGCCAAGAGUAAGGCUGCUGAAAAGGCUGAGAAAGAACAAAAGAAACAAGAGCGCAACGCAGUCAAAUGUAUACAACUAUCUCAAACAGGCAAGCAAAAAACCUCACAGAAGCCGCCUACAGAGCCAGCAGCCAAAAAACAGCGUGUGCGUGGUGCUAUUCAGGUUGUAGUUGAGGGGUCACCUUCCCCAGCACCUCCACCAGUUACCACCCGCAGUGGCCGCACCACAUGCCCAAAUAAGAAAUGGCAACAGCGCAAGCACCGUAGUACUUAUUAGACUGUUACAACAAAAAAUCUCGCAAUAAUAGCUAUUGUAUGUGGCUCUAUAGCCUCAUUUUGGUGGUUGCCGCAGGUGGUUUUCGCGUGCACGGUCCCUGUACACUAAAGUACAACAGCCAUGGCCGCAAAAUCGCUCCACGUAAAAGACUGCAUAUAUAGGUGUCUUUGGAUAGGUCAAAUAAGUAGUUCACCAGGAAAUCUCGUGAUAAU